AUGCAAGUUGGAAAUGCUGUUGCUGUUCCUGUAGCUCUUGCAAUGGGAUACACCUUUGCUUUGGCCUGCCAGGGAUUGUCUGAUGAUAAGCCUCUGACAACCCUUCCCUUUAAGUAUCCAAGUUGUCUUGCCCGUUCUUCUUUUGCCCAAACUGAGAAUGACGACGAAUCAAAAUUUGUUGACAUAUUUGUCAUGAAAUUAAAAAGACUUGGCCGGUUGAAGUCACGAGCUCGAAUCAAUAAUGAUUGA